AUGUCUUUCUCGGCGUCCCGUAUGCUUCUGCGCACCCCUCAGAUCGGCCGCAUCGCUGUGCGCCACGCCUCGACCACAUCGGAAGCUGCCAACGCUGCCUCCAACGCUGCCUCCAAGGCCACAAGCCAGGCCUCGCAAGGUCUCUCAAAAGUCCAGUCGUCGGCCGAGUCGGGCAUCUCAAAGGCUGCCGGAGCUGCCGGCAGCGCCCUGAACAGCAUUGGCGGCCGCACCGGCCAGGUCAUUAGCUUUGUCCAGUCCAUGAUCCCCCCUACCGUCUACUACGGCAAAGUCGGUCUCGAGCUGGCCAAAAUCGUCGCCCGCGGCCAGAAGAUGAGCCCACCUAACGUCCAGACUUUCCAGACCUACGGCCAGAACCUUUUGAGCGCCGUCAAGAACCCCGGCGCCAACAGCCCGUCAAACCCCUUCCAGGCCAUGCGCAACAUUGGCACAUCUCAACUCAUCACGGCUGGUGUUGUGGCUGCUGAGAUGAUUGGCUUCUUCACCGUCGGCGAGAUGUUCGCGAAGAAGCCAUCAUCGGCUGCCACGCAGAUACAGACCCCAUCCUCUGGACCCGCGUCGAAUCCGCAACUCUUUGAUCAUGACGAUGACUCGCAACCUUCGAACCGGAAGCGCAAGAGAGGAAGCGAGCCAGUGUCGGCUAGUCUGGACUUCUUUGGCGGUGGUGCUUCGGCCAAGGAGAGAGAGCACGACUCUGGCGACGACCAACCAAGACUGCAGCAAGAACAAGCCCUAGUACCUUCUGCCUUGAGCGCUGAAGAACGCAAGCAACUGCUCGGCCGCCACAAAGUCAAGCUCACCCUGUUCCACCAAAGCAGUGAGGCGCCCGCAAAGAAGAGAAAGAAGGAAAAGGGCGACAAGGACAAGAAGCAGUCAAAGAAGUCGGCCGAACAGGCGACGCCUCUGUACCCUGCUCCUGUCGAAGAUUUCAACACUCUUGGGCCCAGAUACCGCAUCUCAAAGGCGCUGCUACGGAACAUCAAGGACAACGGCUACAGCACAACGACCGAAGUCCAACUCGCCGCAUUGCCGCUGCUGCUUGGCUCUCGCGCAGAUCUGCUCUCGCCCGACCAAACGCCUUCAGAAGGUCAAGAAGAGGCCAGUGUGCUGGAUGUCGACCUCCUGAGCAUUGCGCCGACAGGCAGCGGAAAGACCCUGGCCUUCAUGAUUCCCCUGAUCCACGCCCUGGUCCUCUCACGUCGUUCUCAACCGCAAGCCGGUCCCCAAGCCAUCAUACUCGCCCCGACCAAAGAGCUCGCCAGCCAGAUCGCCAACGAGGGCAGGAAGCUGGCUUUGAAUACCGCCAUCCGUAUUACCAAUGUGCGCAAGGGCAUGCAUCUUGGCUCGGACCAGCCGACCUCCACAGACGUUUCCGAGAAGGACAUUCCCCCUGUCAAGGCCGACAUUCUCGUUUCAACCCCUGCCGCCCUGAAAAAUGCCAUCGGAGACGCGCAAACUUCCUCACAUGCUCUUUCUCAAAUUCGUUUCCUAAUUCUCGACGAGGCCGAUGUCCUCUUGGACCCCCUCUUCCGAGAUCAAACUCUGGGUGUAUGGAACGCCUUAUCGAAUCCCAAUCUCCGUCUUGGUUUUUGGUCUGCCACUAUGGGCUCUAAUAUUGAGGAGCUCGUCAAGGCCACCAUCAAAUCCCGUGCGGAGACUCUCUCUGGUGCCAGCACCAGCCCUGUUCCGAUCGCUCCAUUCGUGCGUCUAGUUGUUGGUCUGAAAGACUCAGCUGUACCCAACGUCGAUCAUCGUCUAAUUUAUGCCGCGACCGAGCAAGGUAAGCUUAUGGCUCUCCGUCAGCUGCUGCAUCCCACAUCAACGGGUGUCGACAAACAGCCCGUCGUACGCGCUCCCUUCCUCAUCUUCACUCAAACCAUCGAGCGAGCUGUGGCUUUGCAUUCCGAGCUUCUCUACGACAUCCCAGCUGAAGCAGGUGGUAUCUCGCGUAUCGCCGUUCUGCAUUCAGAUCUCUCCGACACCGCUCGUGAUCAUGUCAUGACACGCUUCCGCAAGGGUGAGGUCUGGAUUCUCAUCACCACCGACUUAUUGUCGCGCGGUGUUGAUUUCCGUGGUAUCAAUGCCGUAGUAAACUACGAUGCACCAUCGUCUGCCGCUGCAUACGUACAUCGUGUUGGCCGUACAGGCCGUGCUGGUAGAGAAGGCGGUGUUGCUUUGACCUAUUACACAGACGACGACGUGGCAUCCAUCAAGACAGUCGCCAAUAUCAUCGUCGCGAGCCAAAAGCAAAGAGGCGCGGCCGGUGGCACAACAAACAUCCAACAAUGGUUGCUUGACGCCCUGCCGACACCCAGUAAACGUGACAAGCAGCAGCUCAAGAAGCGUGGUAUCGAGACUAGAAGAUCUGCCUCGGGCAAGGACACCAAGACCGGCAAGCCCAAAGCACGUAUCAGCACAAAGAGCGGCUACAUUCGAAAGCUUGAGAACAACAGGAAAGGUGCUGUUGCAGCGAGUAGGAAUCCUCAAGAGUCAGGCGAUGCAUCCGACUCGGGCGAGAGCUUCGAUGGAUUCGAAGAAUAG